UACUCUCAUUCCUUGAUUUGAUUAUUCAUUGAGUUUUUUAGAUGAUAAAAGUUGGAACUUGCCGUCUGGGUCCUUCACCAGUCUCAUUUCUACUUUGGGUUUUCAUUUUUCAUUGAAUCUUCUUCAAUUUUCAAUUCCAAUUCCUUAGAAUUUUGAUUCAAAAAGGGGGUUAUGAUUUGGACAUUGGAGUGGGGUUUAACAGUGGAAGAAGUACAACGUCUUACUAUAUUCUUAAUGGAAUUCCAUUCCAGGAAGUGGGGUUUUUUUAGUUCUUGAAAAGAUCGAUUUUUUUUUUCUUUUGGGGGGAUUAAUCUUGUGAGAAAGGAUUAGAAAUAUGUCUGGCGGGACACCAGUUGCUGGUGGAUAUAUGAGGCAAAGGCAUAGUCAGGGAUAUGCAUCGAGCAAUGAGGACCUCGAGGAUGAUGCCUGCUCCAGGUUACAGUCUUUGUCAACGGCAACUCUGAGAACGAGAACUUGGACUGAGAUUUUGGAAACUGUGUUUUGGGUUGCUUCAGCAUUGUUCAUAAUCUACUUUGGUGAUGGACACUCCAAUUUGAUAUAUCUGUUGUGGCAUGAUGAGCGAAUCAGAAGAAUGCCUUUAUACCUCGGCUUAAUUGGAAUCGGAUUGAACGUUGCCCUCUUCUUUUGUACAAGUAUGUUAUCCUGGAGUGUAAGAAGGCUUGACGAAAAGUGGGAAUUGUUAAGCAUUAUCGCUUUCCCAUUUCUUACCUUGAUCGGACUUGUCUCCUUCUGCUUGCUCUGCUUUGCUCUGUGGCCUAUUUGGGGUUCCUUGACCCUUCCACUUCUGUUCACACUUUUUAUGGCCGGCCUUGUUCUAUACCCUCAUAUCAUGAUCGAGACAUUGAGGCCGCAAAAUGAUUCUUUUCUUAUAUAGAUUAAGCAUUAUGCUAUAAAGACACAGUACUGACUUACAUGAAGAUAGAAUCUAAACAAUAGAUGGCUGGCAGUAUAAGCUAUUGGCUGAAGUGUUUUUUUUUUAAGGAUUCUGCCUUAGUUUCUCCCUGUUGGUGCGGAUGAAUGAUCGAUAUGGCUGAUUGUCAUGAGCUAGUCUCAUCUCCUAUACCUUGCUUUGGUAAUGCUUGUUUCCCCUUGUUACUAUGAUCAAAUACAGAGGGAAGGAGGUCUCUUUUACUGUUAAAUUUUGAGUUCAUCUGAUGAUAUUGAGGUAUCGUUUAGUGAUA